AUGUCAUCAUCAAUUUAUACUUCUGACAGUCCAAAUUCUCCUCCUUUGAGAGUAAAUUCAAAGGCUUUAGUUUGUAAAUGGGACGAGUGUCCAGAAACUUUUAUGAUUUUAGCCGAUUUGGUAUCUCAUUUGCACGAAGAUCACGUAGGAAGAAAAAAAGCGAAUUACACUUGUGAAUGGGCUAGCUGUCCUAGGAAAGGAGCUACUCAAACUUCUCGAUUUGCAUUAAUUACUCACCUAAGGAGUCAUACCGGGGAGAAACCUUAUGAUUGUAAAGUGCCAGCUAAACAUAGAUAUAUUAGAAGAGAAAAUGAGUUAUUGGCAGAUGAAUAUCAAGUGAUUAAAAAAAAAUUGAAAAGAUUAAGAACUGAAAAAGACAUUCUUUUAGAUGCUGUCAUGCAACAAAGCAUGAAAUCAGCGUUGAUGAAAAAUAAAAGAGUCUUCCCGACAGACGUAGGAAAUCUUUGUGAAGAUUGUAUAUAG